GCAACCCUGAUUUGGGUGCACUGUUUGACCACGGCCGUGGAAGUUGAGGGCGCUCUGCCUUCCCCUCCUACCAAUGCCUCGCACUCUGCCUGUCCGUCACACGUUGUGUACACUGGUACGGCGGGAGGCCUGACCCCCCACGAACCGGCGACUUCCUCUUUUUCAGAUUUCAUGGCGAUCGGGAGAGAGGGAAGACCACCGAAGCACGCACACUGUCUCAAUCCAACCGAAAUACAAUUAUUUAGUGAGAUCUAAGCAGACAGACACUGAACGGAUUCUCCUGCUGGUGUUGCUCAGUGGGCAGUAGUGGUUUCUAGUGCUGGUGUUCUGUUGAAAGGGCUCCUUAGCGCUCUGUGCUGUUGUCUUGCUGUGUCCUGGGUUAGGACUGCCAGCCUAUGGCUCUAAUGGACAAACACAAAGUAAAGCGACAAAGACUUGACCGCAUUUGUGAGGGCAUCCGCCCCCCCAUCCUGAACGGGCCCAUGCACCCUCGGCCCCUGGUGGCCCUGCUGGACGGGCGUGACUGCACCAUAGAGAUGCCCAUCCUCAAGGACGUGGCCACUGUGGCCUUCUGUGAUGCCCAGUCCACCCAGGAGAUACACGAGAAGGUGCUGAACGAGGCAGUGGGGGCUCUGCUCUACCACACCAUCACCCUCUCCAGAGACGACCUGGAUAAGUUCAAAGGCCUCCGAGUCAUUGUCAGGAUCGGCAGUGGCUUCGACAACGUCGACAUCAAAGCUGCAGCUGAGCUGGGCAUCGCAGUGUGUAACGUACCAGCGUGCUCGGUGGAGGAGACGGCCGACACGUCCAUGUGUCUGAUCCUGAACCUGUACCGCCGCGUCACCUGGAUGCAUCAGGCCCUGAGGGAGGGCACCAGGGCCUCCAGCGUGGAGCAGAUCAGGGAGGUGGCCGGGGGAGCUGCCCGCAUCCGGGGGGAGACGCUGGGCAUCAUCGGCCUGGGUCGUGUGGGCCAGGCGGUGGCUCUGCGGGCCAAGGCGUUUGGUUUCGGGGUGAUCUUCUACGACCCCUACCUACCUGACGGAGUGGAGCGCUCCCUGGGCCUGCAGAGGAUGACUACGCUCCAAGACCUGCUCAUCCACUCUGACUGUGUCUCUCUACACUGCAGCCUCAAUGAACACAACCACCACCUCAUCAACGACUUCACCAUCAAACAGAUGCGCCAGGGAGCGUUCCUGGUGAACUCUGCGCGGGGAGGGCUGGUGGAUGAGAAGGCUCUGGCUCAGGCCCUGAAGGAAGGACGGAUACGAGGAGCUGCACUAGACGUCCACGAGACAGAGCCCUUCAGUUUCUCCCAGGGCCCUCUGAAGGAUGCUCCCAACCUCAUCUGUACCCCCCACACGUCCUGGUACAGUGAGCAGGCCUCCAUCGAGGCCAGAGAGGAGGCUGCCAGGGAGGUGCGCCGUGCCAUCACUGGGCGUAUCCCAGACAGUCUGAAGAACUGUGUGAAUAAGGAAUAUCUGAUGGCAGCGUCCCAGUGGCCCAGUAUGGAGGCUGCAACAGUCCACCCUGAACUCAACGGAGGCGGUGCAUACAGGUUUCCUGUGGGUCUGAUCAGCGUAGCAGCAGGGGGUAUGACGGGGGCGGGAGCAGGGGUAGAGGCCCUGGCUCACGCCAUCGCCCCUGUGUCCCACCCCCCCCACACCUCAUCGCCAGGGCAACCCAGCAAGGCAGAGGCAGACAGAGACAUCCCCUCUGACCAAUAGCACCCCAACAUUCCUCCGUCACCCCUGGAAACCAACAACCCCACCCUCUCCUCCCACCAUCGUCAUCACCACCAACCCUCCUCUCCGACCUCAGGCAGAUUGACACUGGGGUUCCGGUUUGAUCCGGUUCAAUCUGGAUCUGUUCAAGCGCCGGUCCUUCAGAACACAGUACCAGCCCAGGAGUGACCUGCCGUCCACAAAAUCCCCCUCCUCCGUAACCCUUCCUCGGACCCACUCAACCCCCCCAUGGACCCCUAUCUCCCCUCUAUCCAUAUUCCCCCCACAACAACAAACCUUCAGCAAUAACUCUCUUCUCAAGUAUUCAAUUGGAUUGGUAUUUUCAUAUUUUUUUUUAUUCUUUUGAGGAAAAACUAAACAUUUAGUUAUUGUUUUGAGUAGCAUUUCUCCAGCUAAGCUGGACCGAGAGUCUAGCUGUUAUGAUCCGUGAGAGAGGCGUGAAGGGUUGGCCCAGCGUACAUUAGUGGCUUUCUGAUGUUACUGCAAUCCUUUCUCUUACGCCUCUCUCUCUCUCUCUCUCUCUCUCUCUCUCUCUCUCUCUCUCUCUGUCUCUCUGUCUCUCUCUCUCUCUCUCUCUCACAUAUUUUAGAAAAUGUGUACAAAAGUAAGACACACAACACAUCAGGCUUCUAUUGUCCCGAUAAUUCCUAGCCUGAUCUUAGAUCUCUAUCUAGCUAGCUUUAGCCAAGUCAGCUAAAGCACAUACAGAUCUGGGACCAGGCUACCUGAUUCCUUGUCUGUUGGCUAGUGUAGGGAUGAAUAAUGUCAGUGAAGAGCUGAAACCUUAGCAAAGCGUGUUACGUAUCCUCUGCCGCUACAGGGCUGUGUUAAACCCUGUGAGUCCUGUCUCUUCUCCUCAAGAUGGUGAACCCUCUCCUUUGGCAGGCGACAAUUCUCUUUCCUGCUUUUAAAUCCCCUUUUGGUGGUCUUAACAGCCGAGCUCCUUUUGUUCCAGCGCCAGUCAAUUCCUGUUGAAAGGUCAGAUGGAUGGCGUCCUAUGUUGUGCUCUGUGUCGUCACUCAACAGGCCCUUGCCCACGACGUGGUCUUAUACACAACAGUUAUGUGAAAUGUUUAUUCUGUAAAGGCUGUCCCCUGAACUGGUGUGUAGCUUCAAGAUCACGUGAGAACAGUUUCAUAUCAGUAGGAUUGUGGUCCCCCCCCCCCACCCCCAAAAAAAUGUCAAACUACUGUUCAAGGGCCUUUUUGUUUCUCAGAGGCACUUAGCACCAAGUACACACGGACACACACAGCGAGCUUGCAACAUUGUUAGCAGUGGGCAGCACAGGUCAGCUGUGUAGGACCGAGGUUUGGCCAGCAGGGGGUACCACUGCCAUCUGAAUGCUCAGUCUGCAGGCUGUGCUCAGAGAGAGGGGCAGUGAUUUGGCUGCAGCGCUGAGCUGCGUGUAACCAGCCUGACAGCUACCCCUGGGUUUUCUUAACGCGUCCACACGAAGCAGUCAGCCGCAGGGAAACGGAAGUACAACUCUUUUGCCGUGACGUCAUUAAUUACCUGCUGACUUCCAAAGACAACCAGGACGGGUGACAAGGCAAGGACUCGCUGUCUUUCUCUCUCUCUCUCUCCCAGACCUCUCCGAUCUUUUAUCGCAGUCCAUCCACCCAACCUCUCUCUCUCUCUCUCUCUCCCCAUCCAGCCCUUGAAGAACUCUGCUCUCCACUAGUGCUUUAUCAGCAAGUGUGGAUCCACCCAUCCCUUUAAGAAUGGGCAGUGUAGCCAGCGAGUUGAUUCAACCAUCCCUUUAAGAAGGCGGAGAUUCACCGUUCCCGUUAAGGCCAAAGGGAGAGUGUGUGGAGUCUUGAUUCUUACAUGAUCGUCGUGGCUUUUCAAAGGCGACCGUGUUGUCUGCAUGUGGACCCCCCCCCAUUGGUUGUAUUGACAAGUCGUUGUCUUUCUGAAAGAGUAGUUCUUAACGCCGUCGUCUCUCGUUGUUUCAAGGGAAUACCUUUUUAUAGUACCUCAGUAACAGAUAUUGAAUGUACGUUCAAGCCCUUUUCUUUUUUGUACAGCUUUUGUAGAGACCACUUUGCUAUUCCUGACCAGAAGGGUUGUGAAAAUUGUAACAAUGACGAUGAUAAAUAAGAACCCCACUCAAUAACCGAAUUGACCAAACAACUUUUUAGGAUUUGUCUGCAGUUGUUUUUUCUUUCCCCCCCCACUGUCAAAAAUCUCAGGCACCGAGACCAGUUACUUAUCUCUCAUCUUCACCUUAAAUGUUAUACUUCAUUUGUUUCUCUGUGAAAAAAAAAUGAGCACAAUGCUUUCCCGUGAUUCUCCAUUUCGACAUCAGAUUCCAGUUGAUCAGACAAGCUUCUUCGACCUCCUGUUCUACAGCACAAUGGUACUUGGAUUCAAAUUCAAAAAGUGUCAGCAUGAUCCGUUUUUAUUUUCUAGAAUGUAGAACUGUAUGCCUUUCUACUCUCCCUAAUGUCAUGCUGCUCUAGCUAUUGUGCAUGUGAGGUAUUUUUGGAGGGCAAACGCUAUUGGCCUAAAGAUUGUCAUCUUGUUGUCCACCCUUUGCUCCCCAGUGCUUAACCCUUAACCCAAGUUGCCAUUUUGUGGUGGUCAGUAACCAGUGAUGUACAGUUUUUUUCCCCCUUCCUACCAGAGUCUAUGAGGACAUGGACAUGAGGACAUUAUAGGCUCCUGUGUCAUGUGAUGAGUAUAUAUUUUUUUAAAUAUCCCCCAUAGUUUGAAUUAUGAGCUUAAAUAGUGACCUUAAAUUGCCAUUGAUGAUAUUGGUGACAUUUUUGGUUGUUUUCAGUUCAUCAAUGUGUUCAAAUCCAUUUUUUUUUUUUGGACUCUUCAGUUGUAAUCGCGCUCACUUUGUGUUCUACAUGUUGUACUGACACAUUUCAGGAACAAACGUUUGAGUUUUGUUGUUGUCUUAGCCGCCCUACUGUAUUUAGCCUCUCCCUGUAUAGUAGCUGUAGAGUUGCCAUGGAAACACUCACUGCCUUAAACACAGUUGACCACAGUAGGUGGGGUAGGAGAGACACACAGUCAGACGGAACCCCGCUAACAACUCACACCGUAAGGACGUUAUUCAAUCAAACACUGGUGACAAGGUUUCCCGGAUAAGUCAACAAUAACAUGCUCUCCACAGAGCUAAAAAGGGUAUUUGAUUUGACAUGCAGUUGAGUGUCGGUAAGUUUCACACUGCAAAUGUUUUUGUUGAGUACAUCAAUCAAAAUAUGCAUUCUCUCAGUCCAGAAAGAACAUUUCUGGGUUAACCGGGUGAGCCAUUUUGAUUGAAUUUCCCCAUACAUGUAGCUGAGUAGGUCACUGUCAGUGCUACAGACUGAAGGAAAGUCCAUCUGAUAUUUCACUCUGGGGUGUGAGAAUGUUUCCCCUGCUCCGGCGCUCUGAAAGUCUUUCAUGGCCAGCCCCGAGUCUCAGGGGGCAACAGCGGACACUGAUGUGGUCUGUCAGACCAGCUGAAAAGGAUGGAUAGAAUUGGUCACUUUUCUCUCUCAGGGUUGAAAUGCACACAUGUCCUCCCGCAGCCUCUUCCUCUCCUUGUCUGUUCUGUGUUCCGCGCUCCUCAGAAUGUUGGGCAGUCUCCUGACUUCCAGAAGGCCCUCACCAUUCUCUCCCUUCAUUUGUACACCGUGAGUUCUUGUUUGGUUUUACCUUCUGUUCUUUGGCACUGACAUCUAACCUUCAUCUAGCAAUGAAUGAAUAAAUGUUUUAAAUGAGCUGUGUGUAAUGUUGAAAUUUGGGAAAUGUAUUUUUACAACAUGUGAACAUGAGUUUUUAUUUUUUUGGGGUGGGGGGGGGGGUGUCUUUCACUCAUCCUUUGUCGUGAAUUCAUUGAUUUACUGUCACCAGACUCCUGUAACGUCUCCUGUAACUAGGCUCUUAAGCUUUGUUUUUGUUUUGUUUACUUUUUGUAUUAGAAACAAUCAUGUUUGUGAUGGUAAUUUCCGAUGGUAAACUCCACACCGUAUUUUAAUAAAAUCCAAAAAAUGUA